AUGCGUUUCCAAUCAGCUGGGGCUCUCGCCUCUCUCCUGCUCUUCUCCCGCGUGGCCGUCGGAGCUGCCCUUCCGGACGCAGCAGAUGCCACCCUCUUAGCUGAGGACGACGAUACUUGCGACCCGGACCUUGAGGAGACUGUCACUGCUACAGUCGUACCUCUUUCUUCUGCCAUCGCAAGCCCUUCGCAAACUGGCAUCGCGUCCAACCCUCAAAGCAGCGCUGCUCCUCUGGCCGCCAACGGCACGGUGCCCACGCCCGCCUCUGAGCAGCUGACCACUCUGACCGUGCUGUCGACCCAAGUUCGAACAGUCAUCAGCUGUGCCCCGACCGUUACCAACUGCCCGGCCGAUUCUUCAUCCCUCUCCGAACUGGCCUCCACAGCGCCCGAGCAGGUGUCUACCGUGCUCGUCACGGACGUUGUGCAGCUCGCCACGACUAUUUGCCCCGUGACAGCCGCUGAAUCAGUGUCCUCCAGCGUCAUUUCUGUUGCUGCGACAGGUGGAAUCACUGGUACAACCCUCACGGCGUCGUCGACCAGCUCGGGUUUUCUCCCGGGUUCCCUCCCGACUGACGCCUCACGCCCUUCGGAAUCUGGGGCUGGCAACGGUCCUCUGCCAUCCGGAGAGGCCGCCAGCUCUUCUGGAAUUUCUCCUGUUCUCCCAUCCGAGUCUGCUGCUGACGUCCCCUCUGGCUCUGCCGUUCCUCCCCAAGAGAGCGCUUCGCCCGAGACAAGCCCGCCCCCUCAGAGCAACGGAACGACUCUGGGAACGAAUGUGCCUCAGCCUCCUUCAAACAGCACCGGAGUGAAGCCAUUCCCCAUCGGAAACUCCUCCAUUCCUGCCGUUCAGGAAGUGACUUCCACCGUGUACGCCACUAACCUGUACACGGUCACAUCUUGCGCCGCCAGCAUUACGAACUGCCCGGCUGGAAGCUCCAUCGCCACAGAGAUUGUCCCUAUCUCUACGACAGUUCUGACAAGCACGCUUGCCUCAUCUGAACUUGCUUCGCUCUCCUCGGUUGCCGCUAUAACAGGUGCCCCUGAAACCACACCCACCCCUGUCGGUGAGCAGACGACUUUGACUGUUCAGGUCACACACCUUCACACUGUCAUUUCUUGUGCCCCUACCGUCACAAACUGCCCAGCUGCCACCAACACCCAGGAAGUCUCCGCUGCCAUCUCGUCCCUGGGAAGCUCUGCCGUUCAACCAGUCAUUGUAACCAGUAUUGUCGGCGAAACGACCACUGUAUGCCCCGUUGCUGAGGCCUCUGCUGUGUCAUCACAAGUUGGUGCCAGCUUGAGCUCUGCUGUGGUGACUACUACUGUCAGCGGUUCCGCAUCUUUCUUCAUUCCAGGUGCCUCUAGCGUCCAGACCGCUGUCGUAUCCCAAACAUCCGUCCUGACAACAGCCACGCCUAUUGUUUCAUACGUCACGGUGACGCUUGGCGAUGGCGUUGAGAGCACCUCUACGAAGAUUGUUGAGCAGCCGCAGACAAUUACCACCGUUCUCCCAGUGGCAUCGGCCUCAUCAUCUGUCGACGCCGUCGCUGUAUCGUCGUCCACGGCAGUUCUUGUGUCUGUGUCACCCGUCGUGUCUGUCAUAACAAUCACUCUGGGCGAUGGCUUCGAGAGGACGUCUACCAGUUCUUUGGAAGUUUCACAAACGGUGACAACGGUUGUGGCUGUUCCUACAACCCAAGCAGCUGAGACCCCAGGGGCCGAGACGCUCCAAACCACUGUCCUCAGCACCAGCAUCGUGCAAGUCCCAAGUGUGGUUACCAUCACGGUUUCGGGUGUAGCUCAGGAGUCUAGCACCGUUAUCGAGUCGACCAGCGUUCAUACUUCGGUGGUGCAGCCUUCGGCCAGCGCCUCAGCCUCGGAAGUUGUGUCAAAUGUUGUUUCGACCAUAUACGAGACAGUCACUUCGCAGAUCCCCGUCGAGACAAUCCUUACUGUCACCCUUGGCGAUCAAGUUCUCACUUCCACCAUUUCCACGGCAGCCGCUGUGCAAACUCCAGAAACGACUGCCCCGCCGCAAGUCUCAACGGUCUAUGUCACCGUGGGCUCUGGCUCGGAGACUAGCGUCCUGACAAGCACGUUCACGGCGAGCGAGGUCGUUGCCAAGGACACGCAGACCCUGACUUUGACAGGCAGCGCCGGUAUCGUCUCGACAUACACCCUGACCCUGAGCCAGGCCACGACUGUGACUCAGGAGGCGCCCAAGCCAACUAAUCAAGGCAACGUCGCCAGUGCAUGUGUGCCGUCCACCGUCACUCUUGUCAGCGUGUCGACACUCUGUGCACGCAAUGGCAAUGCUUGUGCUACUGCCACGAACCUCCCUUUGGUGAGGUUUUAA